AAUGAAUAAUUUUUGCUUCAUUGUGUUUGAUCUCUCUUGCAUAGUUAAAAUGUAGCUUCCAUAUGCUCCAUUUUUUUUCAUGUUCUAGUCUUGUUAGAGAUUUAUAUGCCAAUAAAAAAAUCUGCUGUGUAAUGUUUUUGCCUGUUAAAGCUAUACUGGGAAAUUUUCGAUCAAGUCGAUGAAAAAAGAGGUGCCAUUCUCAUAAGUUCAAAUAUAUCAAGAAGGAUCUUUUAAUGGAGCAAUGUUCUAGAGAAAAUGCUGAUAUAACUGAAUCAGAGAUUGAUGACUAUAAAGAAAGAUCUUAUGUAGAGCUGAAGUAUGGCAAUCAAUCUUUUAAGAUAUCAGAUGUGGCUUACACUUGUCCCUACUGUCCAGAGAAAAGCACGCGUCACCUUUUCUAUGAAGAUCUCUUUCAGCAUGCAAGUGGAAUAGGAAAGUCUAAGAUACGAACUCCAAGAGAUAGGGCCCUCCAUCUUGGAUUGGCCAAGUACUUGGAAAAUGACGUAGCAGGUGCUGCUGGUCCAUCGAAAUCUAAUAAAGAGUUGAAGAGUGGAACUCACUCUUCUAGGAAAUCAGAUGUAGCUUUUGCUUGCCCCUAUUGUCCGGAGACAACAAAAAGGGAUUUUUCUUAUAAGGAUCUCUUGCAGCAUGCAAAUGGAAUAGGAAACUGUAACUCUAUGAAGCGAACUGCAAGAGAUAAGGCGAACCAUCUCGCAUUAUUUAAGCGCUUGGAAAAUGGUGCAGCAGGUUCUACAAGUUCAGCAAAAUCUUAUGAAGAGUCAACAAUCAAAAAAAAACCUUAUGAAGAGUCGAUGAGUGGAAAUCGACCUCCUAAGAUAACAAAUAUGACUUUUGCUUGCCCCUAUUGUCCGGAGACAAGAGAAAGAAAAUUUUCUUAUAAGGAUCUCUUGCAGCAUGCAAAUGGAAUAGGAAGCUCUAACUCUUUGAAGCGAAGUGCAAGACAUAAGGCGAACCAUCUUGCAUUAGCCAAGCGCUUGGAAAAUGAUGUAGCAGGUUCUGCCAGUUCAUCAUAUAACGGGUGGAGGAGUGGAAAUCGCUCUCUUAAUAUAUCAAAUAUGGCUUUUGCUUGUCCCUAUUGUCCAGAGACAAGAAACAGAGAUUUUUCGUACAAAGAUCUCUUUCAGCAUGUAUAUAGUGUAGCAACCUGUAGCUCUUUAACACGAACUGCAAGUGAUAAGGCCAACCAUCUUGCAUUGGCUAAGUCCUUGGAAAAUGAUGAAGCCGGUGCAGCUGGUCCAUCAAAAUCUUAUGAAGAGUUCAAGAGUGGAAAUCACUCCUUGAAGAUAUCAGAUAUGGCUUUUUCUUGUGCCUAUCCAGAGAUGAGAAACAGAGAUUCUUUGUAUGAGGAUCUAUUGCAGCAUGCAAGUGGAGUAGGAAGCGGUAACUCUAAGAAGCAAACUGCGAAAGAUAAGGCCAACCAUCUUGCCUGUGCCAAGUACUUGGAAAAUGAUGUAGCAGGUUCUUCUGGUGCAUCAAAAUCUUAUGAAGAGUCAACAACAACAACAUACCCCUGGUCCCACAAGUGGAGUCUGGGGAUGGUGGGGUGUACGAAGACCUUACCCCUACCUUUGUCGGGUAGAGAGGAUGUCUCCUGUAGACCCUCGGUUCAAGAAAAUCGGUUUUUCAGAACAAAAUCUUUUGAAGAGUCAACAAGUGGAGAACUCUCUUUUAACAUAUCGGAGAGGACUUUUGCUUGUGCCUAUUGUGCAGAGACAAGAAACAGAGAUUUUUCGUACAAAGAUCUUUUGCAGCAUGCAUUUGGAGUAGGAAACUGUGAUUCUAAGAAACGAACUGCAAGAGAUAAGGCCAACCAUCUUGCCUUGUUCAAGCACUUGCAAAAUUUUGCUAAGUACUUGGAAGAUGAUCUAUCCAAUGCUGCCAGUACAUCAAUGCCUUAUGAAAGAUUGAAGAGUGGUAUUAAUAAUCACUCUUUUAACAAUUCAGAUGUGGCUUUUUUUUGCCCCUAUUGUCCGGAGACUAGAAACAAAGAUUUUUCAUAUAAGGAUCUCUUGCAGCAUGCUGCUGGAGUAGGAAGCUGUAACUCUAAGAAGCGAACUGCAAGAGAUAAAGUCAAUCAUCUUGCAUUGGCCAAGUACUUGUCAAGUGAUGUAGCCGGUGGUCCUAGUUCAUCAAUAAAUUAUGAAGGUUUGAAGAGCAGAAAUAACUCUUUCAACAUACCAUAUUGGGCUUAUACUUUUGCCUAUUGUCCAAAGAAAAGAAAGCGAGAUUUCAGUGAAGUAGGAAGCUGUAGCUCCAACAAGCGAACUGCAGAAGAUAAGGCAAACCAUCUUGCAUUUGCCAAGUAUUUCGAAAAUGAUGUCGCAGAUGCUGCCAGUCCAUCUAAACCUGAUAAUCUGUGUGAUCCUCAGGAUGAUUUUCUUACAGAUCAUGACCUUUCAGAGAUGUUUGUGUGGCCGUGGAUUGGGGUGGUUGUGAACCUUCGCACUGAAUCUGAGGAUGGACGCUAUGUAGGAGAAAGUGGUUCUAAUCUGAAGUAUCAGUUGAUAAGGAGAGGUUUCAAUCCAACACGAGUGCGCACUCUUUGGAAUGACCUAGGCCAUUCUGGAAUUGCUCUUGUUGAAUUCAAGAAAGAUUGGCUUGGGUUCAGUAAUGCCAUAUCAUUUGAGAAGGCCUUUGAGGCCGAUGAUCAUGGCAAGAAGGAUUGGGAAGCCAAUAAUGGGGAAAAAUCUGAUCUUUAUGCUUGGUUAGCUCGAGCUGAUGAUUAUCAGGCCACUAAUGUUGUUGGUGAAAAGCUCCGCAAAGUUGGAGACCUUAGAACUAUUUCUAAUAUCAUUGAAGAAGAAUCUCGCAAGAAUCAUAUACUUGUUUCUAGUUUGACCAAUUCCAUUGAAGUCAAGAAGUUGCACAUAAAGAUGAUAGAGGACAAAUUGCAGGAGACUACCCAAUCUGUUGAACAGUUGAUUGUAGUGAAUGCUAAACUUCGUCAAGAAAAUAACGAAGAAAUAAAAAAGAUCCAGUCAAGUGCACGUGAUCAUUUCCAGCAGACAUUUAUUAAUCAUGAGAAGUUGAAGCUGCAAUUGGAAACUCAAAAAAAGGAGCUUGAACACCAACAUGAAGAACUGCAGAAACGUCAGGCCCAAAAUGAAAGUGAUAGGAAAAAACUGUCCCAAGAUCAUGAACAGAAUGCUAUCCUAAAAACAUCCCUUAGUGCUGCGGUUGAAGAGCAAAAGAGCGUUGAUGAAAAAGUACUGAAAUUGGCAGAAGAACUGAAGAAACAAAAGGAGGAACUCCAUAAGAGAAUUAUUAAGCUUGAGAAACAACUCGAUGCAAAAGAAGCAGGAGAAACAGAAGUUGAGCGAUUGCGAAUGGUUAUAAAGCACAUUGAAGAAGAGGGUGAUCAGGAAGUUCUGGAAAAUGUUGACACACUGCUUAAAAAUUUAAGAGAAAAGGAAGAAAAAUAUGAAGAUUUAGUGGCAUUGAAUCAAACCUUGAUUGUAAAGGAGAGAAAAGGCAAUGAUGAGCUGCAGGAAGCACUUAAAGAAUUGGUUAAUGGCUUGAAGGAAUUACCUAGAAAUGGUCCUAUUGGUGUUAAGAGGAUGGGAGAGCUCGACAUCAGACCAUUCCUUGAAGCAGUGAAGAGGAGAUAUAAUGAGGGAGAAGCUGAGCAGAUAGCUUCUGAGUUGUGCUCGUUGUGGGAGGAGUACCUUAGAGACCCUGAGUGGCAUCCCAUUAAAGUCAUUGCCGUAAAUGGGAAACAUCAGGCUGUAAUAGACGAUGAAGAUGAAAAACUGAAAGACUUGAAGAGAACUUACGGUGAGGAAGUGUAUAAAGCUGUUACAACCGCUUUGACUGAGAUUAAUGUAUAUAACCCAAGUGGAGGAUAUAUCAUUUCGGAGCUGUGGAAUUAUAAAGCUGGUGAGAAAGCGACUCUGGAGGAGGGAGUUACUGUGUUACUAAACCUCUGGAAAAAGAAAAUGACACUCGACUGAACGUUCUUUAGGUACCACCUUUCUCUUGCCACGAUAUCUUCAUCGGUAACAACUUCACAAUAUUUCAAGGAUAUGAGUUUGAACACCAAAAAAGAGCGCACAGAAAAAUCAAGGAUAGACAAAAAGAAAAUGACUAUAACGGAAUACCUGAUUUAGAGAUAUUAAAAUAUCAUUUUCAUAGGCAUUUGUCUCCCAACUGAAACUCUGCUUUUCUCUGGAUUUUUCCUAUAUAUAUAUGCUCUUCUAUGUUAAUAGUUUCCAAGAUACUCGAAUGCUUCGCUUAAGACUAUGUCACAUCACAUUCCAUUCUAGCAGAGGCGGAUCCAGGAUUUGAACUUUAUGGGGUUGUGAAUUGUAGGACAGUGACCUUAAGUACUAAUAACUGAGUUCUAAAUUUAAGUUUUGUACAUAUUUAGUGGAUUUUUUAAUACACAAUGAAUGAAAUCCUUUACUGUGUUUUGGUUCUCCAGGUUUAAGAGAAGUGUUUUCUCAGAUAAAUGCAUAACACACUCUCGAAUAGGCUGGUUUUCUGAUCAGUUCAGUCUUGUUUUUUCUUUUAGUAAAGGUUAGAGGAGCUUCAUGCUUGCAUUUUUCAUGUAAAAUUGCAUGUCAUUGAUAUAGCCAGGUACAGACGAUAAAAGCGGAGAAUUGAAAAAUAGGCAUAAGCUGGGAGGAGGAUGAGUUCGAGCCGCUUAAAGCAG